UCCACCAAUCAGCAGCAAUUUGAAUUAAAAAUUUUCGCUGACUAUGAAUAAUUAUUUUUACGGCAAUUUUAUAAAAAUAGAAAGAAAACAGUGGUUUCUGGGUUUUUCCCAAGAUUUUAUUAAAAUCUGAUAACUAAAAUUGUUCCAUUAAAACGAUUUCUCAAUGAGCAGUUCCAUUAGUUAAUUUUACUAAUUGGAAAAUAAAUUGGCUUAAGUUUGUCGAUAUAAAAAUAACUUUAUUCUUCAUUGUGAUAAUUAAUAAUCAUUUAGUUAUAUACAUUUAAUUUUCUAAAUGAAAAAAGGACCGUCAGACUUUACUUAUCACGUUAAUUAAAUAUUGACAAAAUUAUUUUUUUGUACACUCUGUCAAGUGCCACACAUUUUUAGAAAGAACAUUUUAGAAAGACGAGACAGUAUCAGAAACAGUUUACAAUUUCAACAGACAACUGUUUCGCGGAGAUAUUAUUUGAAUUUAUCAAAAAAAAAAAAAAAAACUAUUAAAGACUUUUUUAUUCUCAAAACAAAAUUUGAUCAUUUUUUUGCUUUAAGUUAUUGAAAAUGAAGGUACAAACGGAAGAAUCUGCCGUUCAAGAAGCCAUUGAUAAGACAGGUUUUGGUAAAUUUAAUUUAAAAAUUGCAGCUAUAGGGGCCGCUAUUUAUACAAAUGCAGUUAUCAGUAUUAGCAGUAUUGGUUUUGUUUUACCAGCUGCAGCGUGUGAUUUUCAAAUGACAACAAUUGAUAAAGGACGAAUUGCUAUCGCAUCCGUUUUAGGCUCAUUGUUUGGACCAUUUGUGUGGGGAAUUUUAGCAGAUCUGAAAGGCAGAAGAAUAGCUUUAAUAACGACAUUAUUUAUUCAAGGGAAUUGUGAGAUUCUGAUGUCAAUAAUCUCUAAUUACUGGGGAUUUUUAUUCCUUAAAUUAUUAAGCGGUUUUGCGGUGAUAGGCGAAACAACGUUACUCUUCACAUACGUGGGCGAAUUUCAGCCGAAAAUUCAUCAGAAAAAAAUUCUAUCAUGGAUCAGCUUUGUAAUGGUGGCCGCACAAAUUAUUGUGCCACUUUUGGCGUGGCUAAUAAUACCACUGGAUUUUGAAUAUAGACGUGAAUACUUUUUAUUCCGUUCAUGGAGUUUAUUUGUUCUCGUGUGCGCCUUGCCUGCUGAAAUUUUAGUUAUUUGGCUCAUUUUUUCACCCGAGACACCAAAAUAUCUUGCUGAAACUGGUCAACAUUUUCAGCUAGUCAAUGUCCUCAUUAAUAUGUAUGAAAAAAAUAAUGGAGGAACAAGUGAAGAUUAUAUAAGAAAAUUGGGAACCUGCGAAAGUCGCGGUAUGGGCGAUUUAGUAAAUUUCUACAACAGCAAUAUGUCAUUAUAUAAAGGAGACGAGAAAACAUUUAAGAAAAAGGAAUUACGAACAAUGUUGAAUGAUUUUAAAGUACAAGGGAAAAAUGUCAUGAAAGAUCCAUAUCUAAAGCGAUUGCUCAUUCUCUCGAUAUCGAUGUUUUGUUUUUCCUCAUCGUUCUAUUCUCUCCUCAUGUGGUUCCCAGAAAUUUUUCAACGAUUUUCACAAUUUCAAGCACUUUAUCCAAAUGAAACGUCAAGUGUUUGCUCAAUUUCUAAGAAUCUUUUGCCACAAAAUAAUACACAGAAUUUAAUCUACAAAUGUCCGAAAGAAGUAGAUGUCAGUGUGUAUAAAAAUUCAUUGUUGCAAGGAUUUAGCGCAAUUAUUCCUAACUUACUUUUACCACUUUUCGUCGAUAAACUUGGAUUUCGAUUUUUCGCAGUAACUCUAUUGAGCAUUGCAUUUGCUUCGACGAUAGGAUUAUUAUUUGCAAAUACAUAUUUACAAAAUGUGGUACUCUCGUGUACUUUUAAUGCAGUAAUGUCUGCAUGUGCCAGUGUCAUGUAUUCAUUUCUUGUUGUUCUAUUCCCAACGAAUGUGAGAAUAUUUGCAUCGACAAUAUCAGUAUUCUGUAGCAGAUUAGGAACGAUUUUUGGCAAUGUUACGUUUACCUAUUUAAUCGACAAUUACUGUACAAUUCUGAUCUCGAGCGUUGCUGUCCAAUUAUUAGUGGCGACAAUACUUAGUUUGACACUUCGGAAAAAAUAAUAUAAUUUUCAAUUCGUGUGUGAGUGUAUGUAUUAAACCAGUAGUUAAAUAUUUUUGAUAAGUUUUUUUUAUCGUGCAAUAAAUAAGGUAAUUAAAAAAUAUACGUUAAUUUAAGU